CAGUACUGUUUACAAAUGGCUAACGAGGUGUUCUCGCGAGCAGGUCUUUACGUUGACGAACUCAACAAAAUUCGCAUCGCGGAUCCAGAUGCUAUCAGAGAAACGCAGGAGCUCAAGGAUGACUGCCACAAUUUCAUUGAGAGAAUGACCGAAUUUCAGUCCGUCGUGGAUAAGUACAUCACAAUUUCGGAUAAACUGGCAGCGGAAGUCGAACAAGAAAAACUGAAGGCCAUUGGGUCCCGAAACCUGCUGAAGUCUGUCGUGAAAGACCGCGAAACGCAACAGCAGCAGCUUCAAGCGCUCGUGCUGGAGAAGAAAAUAGAGCUAGAAAGAUUGAGAAUACAGCUGAAUGCAAUGAAGAGAGAAGAAGCUGAACAGAAUGAACUGAUUGAGCAGUUCUCGAUGCAGUCAUGAAACCACUCUUUAAGCCAGAGCACGACAUGGAAAACAAUAAUAAAUCGGUGUCUACA